AUGACUUCGGUGGGCGCCAUUUUGACCUCGUUCUUACUGGCCUUGAUGACAAAAGAGAUCGUCCCAUCACCAUCUUUAGAGAAUGUGAAAAAUAUUUACAAACAUAUUUUUGAUGGUUACGAUCAGCGAAUCCGUCCCGUUUUAAAUCAAAGUGACCCUUUGCUUGUGGAGAUGAGUUUCUUUCUGAGCUCAAUAAACGAAUUCGAUGAAAAGUCACAGAAACUUGUAAUAGCUGGUUGGUUUAUCAUACAAUGGACAGACGAAGUGCUAAAUUGGAACACGUCAGAGUUUGGAAAUAUCUCACAAGUACAUAUCGAUGGAAACUCAAUAUGGCUUCCGAGCAUUGCCCUUGUCAACACAUUUGGGAGAAUAAACAUGCUUUCUCAAUCGUCUACGAACGCUGUGGUACACGCCGAUGGGAAGGUAAAAUGGUUUCCAGCAGACAGUUUCGUUGUUACAUGUGAGGUCGAUAUAACAUAUUAUCCUUUUGAUACUCAGGAAUGCUCUUUGGUAUUUGAAAUUUGGAAUUCUCCUUCUUCUGAAGUGGCACUUGUGGCAACGUCAAAAUCGUUUGACAUCAGCUCGUUCAAGGAAAAUGUCGAAUGGUCAAUUGUGAAAUCCGAGGUUCAAAAUAGGGAGCGGGACUACGGAGUGUCCAUUUCUUUUAUAGAUUAUUUCUUCCACCUACAACGAAGACCUAAAUUUGUGGUCUUGACAAUUAUCGCACCCGUCAUCCUGCUGGCAUUUUUGAACAUCUGUGUGUUCCUGAUUCCCCUGUCUUCAGGAGAGAGGAACUCGUUCUGUGUGACAGUGUAUCUAUCGUAUGCUGUAUUUCUGGGAUUAAUCACUGCAGAACUGCCACAUAACUCCAAAAACGUGUCCUACCUGACCAUGUAUCUACUCGCGCUGCUGGUGUUCAGUGUGGUUAUAGUCCUGAUAACAGUCAUACAAAUUCGACUGUUUCUUGAGAACGGAGAAACCAUUGUACCAGCAUUCUUUUCCAAAAUGUUUGGCUUCAACACACGAGGAACCCAAUGUCAGGUAAAGCCUUUGGACAUUGAUGACUCGGAGGACAAUGACGCGGACAUAUUGGAGGACAGGGAAGAAAAAAAGAGAAACAGAAACGAGAAAUAUAUUUAUUUACGUGAGAUGCUGCCGAGAUUUGACGUCCCUCUUUUCUUUGGUGCUUUAGUUGCCAGGAGUUUGGAAGAAAUGGGCUGA